UUCGAAUGCUGCUGCGUCAUUCACUGUUAUGCUCAGCUGGAUGGCAUGUCCUCGGUCGUCUCAAACUUUAACAACGCUGGUCAGCUCAAUGGUUAAAUGAAACCAGCAAUACUUGAUGUUGUGACUGCCGCCUGGCUUCUGGCUAUCGUUGGCGUUGGCCGAACCUGCACCGCCCGUGUCGUGAACGCUACUAAUGGACGCGGAAUUGUCCUCGGGUUCAUCACCCCCGACGUCACCACCGUGGUCGUCCUCAACGAUGUCUCCUGGGUGGAUGCGGACUGGGACGGCAUUGAGACUCCCAUGCCGAUGGCCCGCUCGCUGACAGUCACCGGUUUACCGCCGGGGCCAGAUGGCCUCCUGCUCACAUGGGAUUCAAACUAUGUGUCGAGAAAGGUGCGGCUGGUGAACGUCACCCUCACGCUUCAGAAUUUCGCCAUUUACCGCUACCGCCGAGUCAACCAAAAUCUGGCUCCGGGCUGUGACGUUCUGGCGCCAUGUGCGGCCGGCGACUGGGGGCGUGUGGUCCUCGACAAUGCCUUCCUAGUGCAAAGAUUGUGCUACCCCCCGUCAAUGCAUCUUUCGGCGCUGGCGGGAGUUGCGCGGCCGCUGGCCAUCCCAGGCAACCAGUCAUACCGGGUGAUGUUGCCGCAGCCAGCGUGCGCAGCGCCACCGGCAGCAGCACCUCUGGCACUACCGGACUCUGAGCCCCGGCCGCAAGAGAAGUGCUGGCCGUACAUGGGUGCUUAUGAUGACCUGGGCAUCGUCUGCGCGGACUUGGACACGUCACAGAAGCAGCUGAUAACAGGCUACACACUGCACUGCCGCAAGGUGCUUUACGUGUGUGACGACAUGAUCAGCGACGAGUGCGUGGCACGCCUGGGCACCUUGGGCUGCUACAACAACUGGGCCGCCUACAAGCAGCAGCUGACCAGCCAGUCGCCGGCAGGCACUGCAGGCACGGCUCCUCCGUCUUCGACUUCGUCGGGUCACAACACCGCCGCUGUAGUUGGCGGCGUGGUAGGAGGUGUGUGCGGCGCCAUCCUGGUGGGCGUGGCGGUUGGCGCGUUCCUGUGGCGCCGGCGGCAGCGCCAGAACUCCCUCGCACAGCAUCCCGGCGGCGACGCCGGCGGCGCAAAGGACCCCUCCGCCGGCCCCUACCUGGUGGCAGUAGCGGAUAGCAGCCAUGACGACGUCAGCGCCGGCGGACUGGGCGGGGCCGGGGCCCACGGCGCCUGCGCGGCUUGCUGGCCUCUGGGGGUGUGGGUGCAGCGCCAGGAGGCGCUCGCAAACCUGGCGGGUGGAGGGGCCGACCCCGAAUAUGGCGGUGCGCCGGGGGCGGUGGCGUUGGUGCGGGAUCACAGCAGCGGGAUUGGGAUUGGCGGCAGCAAGGCGGGCCUUCUGGAGCACCCGGACGCAGCCGGCGGAGGCCGGGGAAGCGCGGACAGCAAGACCGACCAGGCUCAGGUUGCGGCUCCGCUGUCCGGCGGAGCCUCCGACCAGAACGGCGAGGCUCGCCGCGGCCCUGAGCUGCAACACCACCUACUACGGCCGCACAGUAACUCCAACGGCGGCGGCCCGCAUGAGCACCAGCAAGGCGCACUAGCGGAGCAUCUGACCACGGAAACGCUCACCACAUGCGCGUUCGAAACCGCCACAGGCACAGAUUUCACAGCGUACGGCGGGUCCUUGAACGCGGACGGAGCAUUGGCAACGGGGACGGCGACGGCGUCAGCGGCUGCGUCCAGCAGCGUGGGACUAGACGCGGUGCCGCCAUCGCCGCUGCUGAUGUCGACAGUGGGCGGCCUUGACUUGAUGGAUGUUGUGACGCUUGACACGCCGCUGCUGGUGAAUGUGUCGGCGGACCCGCGCGUCAAGCUGCUGCCCGUGAUGCUGGGCCGCGGGGCGUUUGGGCGUGUGCUUGAGGGCCGCUAUCAGGGCCAGCGCGUGGCCGUAAAGAUCCUGAAUGAGAUGAUGGGUGCCGCCGACCACACCAAACACGAGGGCCAUGGUGGCGCCCAAGUCGACCCGAACAUCGGCGCAGUCCACCGGACAUCAGGCGACUGCAGUAGUGGCGAUGCGGGCGGUGAUGGCGGCGAUGGGCAGGCUAUUGUCAUGCCGGACGGCACCGGCAAUGUACUGGAAGCGCUCGCGCAGGAGGUGGAGGUGCUAGGGCGCUGCCGGCACCCCAACGUGGUGCGGCUGCUGGCGGCGUGCCUGACGCCGCCGCGGCUGUGCCUGGUGAUGGAGCUGAUGGAGACAAAUCUGGAGCGAAUGCUGUACGGCGGCGGGCCGGACCAACCGCUGCUGCCGCUGGGCACAGUGCUGGACAUUGCGCUGGACGUGGCGCAAGGGCUCAGCUACCUGCACCCGACAAUCGUGCACCGCGACCUCAAACCAGGGAACGUGCUUGUCAACCUGAACAGCGGCAAACGGCCGCUCGCCAAGCUGUCGGACUUUGGCCUGUCGCGCAUCCAAUGCACAGUUGCCAUCACGGCAGAUCUGGUGGCAGGGACGCCGGGAUACAUGGCGCCGGAGCUGUUUGAUGUCAGCAACUUUGUCAUCAGCCACAAAGUCGACAUGUACUCUUACGGCGUCCUGCUAUGGGCCAUGCUUACCGGCAAGGAGCCCUGGAAGGAGUACGGGCUGGUGCAAAUGACGUACUGCGUGGCCAUUCUGCAGCAGCGCCCGCCGCUGCCCGGCCCUGAGCGGUGCAGCGACAAGAUGCGGCGACUGAUUAAUUCCUGCUGGGAGCCGCAACCACAGCGUCGGCCUGCCGCCGCUGAGGUGGUCAAGCAGCUGCUGCUGAUCAAGCAGUACGAGACCUUCGCAAGCGCGAGUCCUUAACACGUGAUAUGGGAUUAUGGCGUUGUGUCAGUGCUGAGCUGCAAAGUGCAGGACUGCAUCUGUGUGGAUGAGCAUUCGCUGGCUUGACCUGGCCUGCAUCGUGCAAGGCAGUAGUGUAAAGAAGCUCAUGCUCUAAAGCUUUACUAAGACAGCGUAUCUGGACUGUUCCGCGAUGUUGUCUGCAUGGCAACCUGCUGAAGUAAGCACGCACGCACAUGCUGUGACAUGGGCCGUGCGCGUGCUAUCUAUGCGCUGUAGGCGAGCUGAAUUGCUGAUGGACGAUAUUCCUUUCUUGUGCAUCCCUCAAAGGCCUCUGAUUACACCUGUUAUCUUAGGGGCGCUUUAUUUAUGCUUGAUUCUCGCAAUGAAAUGGUAUGCAUGACGUUGGCUUCAUUCGUAGGAUGACCAUGGUAUGGGGUCAGCCCACAAUUCCCUGGGGGACAUCUCUUGUCUAGGGUCCACAACACGUCCUGAUGGACAUAUUGGGUUUGGAGUAUGCCCUCUGCGCGAAUACUGCUCGAAACGCAUUGUUGUACCAGGUAUUUAUUCUAGGCGGUGCCCUUCGCUCUUGGCAAGGUCGUCAAGACGUCUAGAGCACUGGAGCCUGGUUUGUGGUGAUGAUGGGCACAGCACCGGCGUAUGGUGUGUGGUCUCUCAACUUCAGGGCCGGGCUCAUAAGGUCGACCUGAUAGUUGCGAUGUGACAUGGAGGAAAGUUUAGCAGGAUAGAAAGACGCGCAAGAGUAACUGCUCGGGGAGGGCUAAAGACCUUAUGUCCAGACACGAAUCUCGCCAAGCCCUGCCCGCCGCCGCAGGUGCUAGCAUUGGUGCCGGCACGAUGUGUAAUUUGGAGCGUCUUUUGGUUUUGUAUGGGAUCAAUGGAUGCACAGUGACGCAGCGGAUGCGGUCACAAGUUGUUGAUCUUUUCCGGUGCGUGUCUGGAGACGUGGUAGGUUGUGGGCCCGGGUUUUGAUGAAGCAGGUCCCGACGGGCAUGCAUUAUUAGCAGUGCAUGUGUGAUUCAGUCGUCAGGGCACCUGCGUGCACACAGCAGAACGCCUCUGCACUUUAGACUGGGAUCACUAAGUGCUGCCCGCGGUCGCGGGCCCUGCUUACUUAUCAAUGCCAGUGUCAGAGCACUGCGGCUGUCGAGUGAUGGGGUAUGGUGUGAGGCCGUGUAGGCAUUGACACGCACCUGGUUGGGCCACCAGGCCACCAACGCUGGUAAGGGGGCACCGAUCUGCGUGUCUCUGCACCUGUAGCCCUGCUACGCGCUGUAGCAACUAGAACACGCACCAGCCGCUGCUAUGCGCCCAUGCCGUGUGUCUCUCCCUGGGCCCUGGCCUCGUUGCAGUAAUUGCCAUCUCGUUGCGGGGCGGGGCCAUUGAGGGCGCUUGGAUCCCGCGGGUAUGCUGGUGAAACGCCGGCCGUGAUGCGAGGCGCGAGCGGUUCCACGGGACCCGCGCGGGGCUCUGGGAAUGUGCCGGCAACUUUACAAUGUAACGCACUCUAGCA